CUCAUCAAACUCCUCUAUUUCAGUUUCACCUAUUGAUCGUCUUCCGCCUUCGCUCAUUUCCGCGCUGAUCAUCAUCUCUCCUGUGAAACGAUGUCGUCGCCCGAGAAGGAGAGAGAGACCCAGGUUUACAUGGCCAAGCUCGCCGAGCAGGCCGAGCGUUACGAAGAAAUGGUCGAGUGUAUGAAGAAAGUUGCGAAGCUUGAUCUUGAGCUGACUGUGGAAGAGAGGAAUCUUUUGUCUGUGGGAUACAAAAAUGUGAUAGGUGCUCGAAGGGCGUCUUGGCGCAUCAUGUCUUCCAUUGAGCAAAAGGAAGAGUCUAAAGGGAAUGAGCACAAUGUCAAGCUGAUCAAGAGUUACCGCCAGAAGGUGGAGGAGGAACUCUCCAAGAUUUGCAGUGACAUUCUCACUAUCAUUGACAAGCACCUGAUUCCGUCUUCCAGCUCCGGGGAGGCCACUGUUUUCUACUACAAGAUGAAAGGUGACUAUUACCGGUACCUUGCUGAGUUCAAGACUGACCAGGACAGAAAAGAGGCAGCUGAACAGUCACUCAAGGGAUAUGAGGCUGCUUCAGCCACUGCAAACACAGAUCUCCCAUCGACCCACCCAAUCCGUCUUGGUCUAGCUCUCAACUUCUCUGUCUUCUACUAUGAGAUUAUGAAUUCUCCCGAGAGGGCUUGUCAUUUGGCUAAACAAGCUUUUGAUGAGGCAAUUGCAGAGUUGGACACCUUGAGUGAGGAGUCAUACAAGGACAGCACCCUUAUCAUGCAACUGUUGAGAGACAACCUCACUCUCUGGACCUCUGAUUUGCCUGAAGAUGGAGGUGAUGACAAUUUUAAAGCCGACGAAACCAAAUCUAUCGAACCUAAUGCUGCUGCCACUUGAUGUUGAGGUACCUGAAAUAGCCCCAGCACAUGGCAAUUGGAAAUUCUGCUUUUGCAAGAGGCGACCUUCCUUUAAGCUUUUUCUCACUCAGUUUUUACGGGGAGAUUGAUUGAAGGACGUAGACACUUUGUUUUAUGACAUUCAUCGUUCUAGAUUCCAAAGGAGAUAGGAUUUUGAUCAAUUGUCUGCAGUCUGCACUUUGUUUUUGGAUAUUUUAUCAGUUGUUUGGUUUCCUUGCUUUUGCUUAAUGCUCUCUUUUAUGUAAACUUCUUAUGUUAAGUAAUGGAUGCUAUGGAUUUCUUGUUUGGCA